GAGAGAGAAGCAGCGUGUGUACACCCCCACUCUCUCUCUCUCUCGCUCUCUCCCUCUCUCUCUCUUUCACUCAUGGUCCCAGUCUAGCGCCUCCCGUUGCGCACAGCCACAGCGCACAUGCCAACAACCUCGCCAAACGCGCUCCGUAUUUCUCCCGACCUAAGGACGCCUCCUCAGACAGAUGGAUGCAGCUGAACCAUCCAACAUGCUCCUGACUUCCUGAGGAGCAGCAGGAGUAAGGACGAGUCUUGAUGCGCAACGUCGAGCAGCUUUACGCACGGUGCAGGAGCAGAAGCCUUGGGGCUCUUUGACGGGACAACUGGCAUUAGGUGGAUUUCUUCACCUGCCCUCGCUUAUGGUGACGCCUCCCACACUUUGAGCUCCACCAAGUUGCUCUCCCCCUUCUCACCCCUCUCCCAAACUUCGCUCAGCGGAGCUUUCUGACAGGAUGGGACCGCAGACCGGGACAGCUCUGUGCAAACACACGCUUCUGUGGUUCGUUGUAGCCUCUCAGUGUGUGACGGCCCAGGGGUGCGGACCCCACUACGAGUACGCCAUCGAGGAGUUCUGCCUCGCCAAGUUCAGGUUGGACAUGCAGGAGCUGGAUCAGGGACACUGGUGCAGCUGGGAUGACACAGUCGAGCUGUACGGGGACCUGACCAACUGCACCUACCUGGUGGCGCUGAAGAUGGAGUGCUUCUGGCCCAACCGCCUGGUGGACGAGUUCUUCAUCCGGGUGCACAAGCACUACUUCCACGACUGCUCGCUCUCGGGACGGCUCCUCAGGGACCCGCCGAACCGCAUCCUGGGACCCUUCAUCGUGGUGCCCAUCCUGGUCACGCUUCUCAUGACGGGCCUGGUGGUGUGGAGGAGCAAACGCAGUGAGGGGAUUAUGUAGUGAACAGAGUGAUGCUGGGCGGGGGUGGGUGGGGGUCACAUGACUCAAGACAAGAGGUACUUUUUUCCACCGUUCCCACCUGCAGUGACCAAAGGAUGUGGUCAUGUGUGGAAAACGGGUUUUCGAUAUUGGACCAGAAUCACUUGAACUUGGACGUGCAGUUGUGGAGCAAAAUGAAAUCAUUUUAAAUUCAGGUCCUGCCUCAGCGCUUCAACACAGCUUCACUGAUAUGAAGCCUGUGCGGCUCAAAUUAUUUAAUUUCUCUCGACAAGGAGCUGAACUACUCUCCUGAAUCUAAUCUGGACCAGAGCACUGGUGGAGAGAUUCUCUAAUAUAAGAAGAAAACUAAACUUUAUUGAGAGAAACUGCCUCAAAGAGUUUUUGGGGAUGUGAUGGUGAUAGGACAACACACACAGGAAUUCAAUCAACUGUUUUUGGGGGGAGAUAAGAACAUGCAGAACUGUCCAGGAUCAUUUUCACACUCUGACCAGGACACAACAAGGCAGUUACUCUGACCUCUUCCAGGGAACACAGGGACAUCGGAUUGUGUAUAUAUGUAUACGUUCACUGUAAAUGUACAUGAAUCUGUCAGUGGAUUAUCAGAAAGUCUUUGGAACACAAUCCAGACGACAAAACCACUGAAUUCCUUUCUCCCUUUCUGUGUGAUGUUUGGAUACAUUUAUUUUAAAAAGACGUGUAUUGCAUUUGAAUUAUAUUCCUGUAUAUUAUAUAAUCAUUCAGAUUCAGGUUCACUGUGGAACUGGUGGUGGGAGAAGGAAUAGUUUUCAUCUCCUCUGCUCAUAUCAAGCGCCCAUGGUCUCAUCUCUCAGCCUGCAGCUCUCUCUCUCUCUCUCUCCCCUGGAGGAAACGCAGAGAGGCUCUUCCCCAGCUUCUGCUUCACGGAACCGGCUGAACAAAAAGGCAGAAAGAUAAUGAUGUCACACCCCGAUGAUUGGUAGACGCUGUGUUCUGGAGACAGGCACCCGGAGACGGUCACAGCCCCAAUUUGGUUAUGAUGUUGUGGUGUGCAGUCUCCAUCUGUCCAUCACCAAGGAAACUAAGACGGAGAAACGGCAAACUUUAGAAACAACAGGGGGGGGGGGGGGGGGGGGGGCUGCAGUCAGUUAAUGAACCAAUAACUCCCUCUGUCAUGGAUUUGUUUACCAUACAGAAAUAAAAUAAUCGCCCCAAAAAAAUAACCAGACUGAUUUUGAAUAUGAGAGAACAAACAGUCAGAGACUCACAGUGGGGAAAAACGACAUCAUCUUCAGAAAGGAGAUCAAACACACAACGCACAAAGUCAGCCAACGCACAGAUCGCUGCACAACGUUGCCAUAGCCUCUAGCAGAGCUUGUGUAUCAUAGACCUGAGGUUUCUAUUGAUUUAUGAUCUCCCUGUGUGGUGAGGCGUGCUGCGUGAACUGUUCCCUCACUGAUAUUUUGGAAUGCUCUCUCCCCUUUAUAGAUCCAUUGACCUGUAACCCGCCUGUCAGCGGAACACACUCUCAAACACACACCCACACUUCCCCAGCAGGAUCCUACUUUGUGCUUUGUGCCAAAAGCUCUUUGAAAACAGCUUUGAAAGGUUGAAUUCCUUUAUUCUUGAUUUUGCUGGGGUUGACUUCUAAUGAUUGAAUUUUUAAAUCUAUGAAUAAAAUGUCUGAUUAAUGUG